AUUCGAGUUCACUAUACACUUAUUAAUAUGAAGUUGAUUCGAUUUAUUUGAGCAAAGUUCGUAAAUCGAUCUAAAAUACUUUGCCCUGGGUUCACUAGUUUUAUUGUAGGCAGAUCGGAGGCAGAAAGCAUCAUGUCUAUUACUAUUGAGGCAGCAGCUCCAAAGGUGCCGGAACUUAGGAAGGCGUUCACUUACAAGUAUUCUAACAAUAUCAAGACUGGCGUGUACGACCCACGUGAUGUUAACAGGAUAGAGACUGAUGAUGCUUAUUGCCGAUGUUUCCUCCGCACCCUAACGUCAAAAGGUGACGUUGAAAAAGCACUUCCGGUCAUGGACGAGUGUCUUAAGUUCAGAAAAGAGUGGGAAAUUAACGAUCUGAAUGAAAACUCGUUCCCAGCAGAAAUCUGGGAGAGGAAUGCUGUGUAUUACAAGGGACACACGAAAGAUGGGAAUAAAAUUCUUUACAUCAACCUUAAAGAGAACGAUAAGAAAGAUGACGAAGCUAGAAAGAUGAUCCAAAAAUUCAUAGCUUAUCAUUUUAACUUACAUCACAGAGAGACACCAGAGAAAAUGGCCGUAGUGCUCAUAGAUAUGGAGGGAGCCAGUACAGGAAACAUGGAUAUGAACAGUGUGAAGUUCAUCAUAACGUGUUUUAAGAUUUACUUCCCUGCAUACUUAGACUACAUGUUGCAGUACGACAUGCCAUUCAUUCUAACAGCUGCAUGGAAAGUGAUCAGUGCUCUCUUGAACAAGGAACAAGCAGCCAAGAUUCGCAUGAUAAAGAAGGGUGAAAUGAAGAAUUAUCUCGAUGAUGAUAACCUAAAACAUUGGCCACACAUGCAGUGAUAAAACGUAUAACUUGGAUCAAAUUUUUGCAGAAUCUGUCUUUCCUAGCUUUGCAGUUAAAGUCCAGGUACAAUUUGGGAUACGUCCUCACAACUUACAGCUUUAAAGCUUGAACCCUUAUUGGGAUAUCUCUUGUCAGGAUAUAUCCAGUGAAGCGAUGCAAACAAUGCAAAUAUCAAACUACAAAGUAUAUCUCUUUUUUAGAAAAACUAUUUGGUCUGUCCGUGGCUACAUGCAAAGCCAAAUACCUGUAUAAAUAGAAUUCGAAAUAGCCAGUUAGAAUUACAAAUGACUUUCAUAUAAGAUAGAUAUCAGACUACUUACUAUACUAUUAAUUAUGUUUUGGAUCAUUUUGCUUAUAUACAUGCAGCUUAUUGCUUCAAUGUGCAGUUUUCCUCAUAUGUUGUUCAGAUGUAUUAUUUGGAGCAAUACAGAUUAGUUGACCAAUCAAAGAUAUGUUUUGUUC